AUGGCGCAGCAGCAUGGAGCGCAGCCACAGGCGCCGCAACAGCAGCAGCUCUACCCUCCACCACCGCCCUUCUACCGCCUCUACCGCGCCGAUGCCGACGGCAGCGCGGAGCGCCCACUGCCGCCGCUGCCGCCGCCCGCCGUCACCGGCGAAUACCAGCAGUUUGGCAUCGCCGACUCGACAGAGGUAGUGCUGCCGCCGCUGACAGGCAGGCAGCUGUAUGAGGUGAAGCCCGACGGCAGCAUCGACUUCAAGGGCGAGCUGCUGGCGCUGCACCGGGAGCUGGCAGCCAACCUGGUGGAGCUGCUGAGCGUGCUAGUGGAGAAGCCCAGCCUAUGGGCGCGCCAGGCUCGCGUGGCGGCUGCUGUGGAGAACACGUCGGCGGUGCUGCGCAACAUGCAGCAGCUGUGCAACCUGAUGCGUCCGGUGCAGGCGCGGCACACGCUGCUGCACACGCUUGGCGCGGAGGUGGAGGAGCGGCGGCGCGCGGCGCAGGAGCUCAGAGACAGGGUGGCGCAGGCGGAUGCGGCUCUUUCAGGCAGCGCCGAGCAGCUGGCAGCGGCGGCGGCUGCGCUGCGCCAAGCGGCAGAGGAGGGCAUGGCGGCCAAUGGUGGCAGCUAG